CAACUGGAGCCCUGGGCCCCAAUGGAGCCCCGGCUGGAGCCUGAGACUGCUGCCCUCCACCUGGGCUGGCUGGCCUUACUGCUAUGGAUCUCAGCCCUGAACUAUUCUGUCUCUUCGUCGGCUCCUCUUUCUCCUUCUCUGGUGCCCCGAGUCAGAACCAGCUACAAUUUUGGAAGGACUUUCCUCGGCCUUGACAAAUGCAAUGCCUGCAUCGGGACAUCAAUUUGCAAGAAGUUCUUUAAAGAAGAAAUAAGGUUUGACAAAUGGCUGGCCUCUCACCUCGAGUUGCCUCUGGACUACUUGCCUUCUUACCCUGCAAAUUAUUCGGAUGAUUCCAAAACCUGGCGCCCUGUGGAGAUCUCGAGGCUGGUCAGCAAACACCAAAAUGAGAUCUCAGAAAGGAGAAUCUGUGCCUCCGCAGCAGCCCCAAGGACGUGCAGCAUUGAGCAUGUCCUGAGGAAAACAGGAAGAUUCCAGAAAUGGCUGCAGGCCAAGCGCCUCACGCCGGACCUGGUGCAGGGCCUGUCCAGCCCUCUUCUGCUCUGCCCGUCACAGCGACUCCUGGACCGCGUGGUCCGGCGCUAUGCAGAGGUGGCCGAUGCCGGUAGCAUCUUCAUGGACCACUUCACGGAUCGCGACAAGUUGCGUCUGCUCUACACACUGGCUGUCAACGCGCAUCCCAUCUUCCUACAGAUCUUCCCUGGCGCUGAGGGGUGGCCGCUGCCCAAGUAUCUGGGCUCCUGUGGCCGAUUCCUGGUCAGCACCAGCACCAGCCUACUGCAGGAAUUCUAUGGUGCCCCCCCAGACCAGGCAGCCGACCUAGCCUACCAGCUCCUUGGGGUCUUGGAGUCUCUGAGAAGCAACGAUUUGAACUACUUCCUCUACUUUACCCAUGUGGAUGCCACCAUGUUUGGCAUCUUUAACAACGGGCAUCUGUUCAUCAGGGAUGCCAGUGCUCUGGGCGUCAUCGACAAGCAGGAAGGCAGUCAAGCAUCCACCAUGGCAGGAGAGAAUAAAGACAUCUUUAGCUGCCUGGUUGCUGAUUGCCAAGCCAAACUGCCCUCUUGUGACACCAUCCCUGAGAAGCAGAGCCUGGUACUGGUGUGUCAGCAGGUGCUGCCUCGACUUCUCCAGGGGAAGUUCCCCUCCCUGGUGCAGGAGCGGAUAGAUGUCCUCCUCGCUCAGUGUGGGGAGGGAAUCCGCCCAGACCCCGAAGUCCUUGGGGCUGCCAGCCAACUGAAGGACAUCUUGAGACUCCUGAGAACCUGUGACCCCAGAUUUGCCUACCGCUACCCAGACUGCAAGUAUAAUGAUAAGUUCUGA